AUGGAAGGCAACACUUUCACAAUUCUCUCAUUUCAUCUUCUUCUCUUCUUCACUCUUCUUUCUCAGCAAGCUUCAGCCUGCAACAAUUCCACCAUCAAUAAUCCUUCUUACUAUUCCCAGAAGAGCACAAAUCCUUCUUCAAACCAAACUGUGAGUAGUUCUCAGAAGAACACCAUGAACAAAAACAACUACUACAAAUCCUUCGUUUUCACUUCCUGCAAUACCUCCACGUACCCUUCUAUCUGCUACCAAUCCUUAUACCAGUACGCUUCAAAGAUCAAAGCAGAUCCUUUUAUUCUUUGUAAUUCCUCUUUGGCUCUCGUGCUAAAAGAGUCUAAGAAAACUUAUUCAGUGAUAUCGAAGCUUUUAAGGAAGGACAGUACAUCAGAGACAGCUGCGAAGGUUUUGAAAGACUGUCUAGACAACGUGAGAAGUUCUGUUGAUGAGAUUCAGGAAUCUUUGGAUGAUAUGAACAAUUUGGAAGAUUCUUAUGAUAAGGAGUUUCAGAUGAGCACGAUUAAGACCUAUGUGAGUUCCGCCAUCACUGAUCAUGAGACUUGUUUCGAUGGGUUGGAUGAAGAGAACGUGGAUGCUUCUGUGAGAGACAAAGUCAGAAACAGUGUGUUGAACGUGCAGAGGAUGACCAGUAAUUCUUUGUAUUUUAUCAACAAUCUCAAGUAUUAA